CUCAGCAUAGCAUCGGCCGAACCCGUCCAGCAGCGAUCUCUCCUGCGUAAAGGUGACAAAUCAAGGGAUGCAAUGUUAGUCAUUAGUCUCACAAGGAUUGCCAAUAGCAACACCCCUUUCGUUCACUUGUUGCAUAGUAUCGUCGGUCGGCAACAUUGGCAGUCAACAUUGCCUGGCGGAUUUCACCAGUCCGGGACUUCCCCCUGCCAUUGUAGGGGAUUGUAUCAAUUGUCAAACAUGAAAAUGGUCGACACAGCAGCCUUGGCCAUGAGGCUGUCUGCAACAAGUUCUGCAGACGUCAGUGCAUCUCAGUGGCGCGAUCAAGCUUGUGGAUGAUCGGCGCUUAACAUGGCCGGUGAUUUAUGCGGGAGAUUCGAACACUGACAGAAGCAAAUUAGCGGAGUGGCUGACGCUAAAGCACAGCGAGUGCAACUAAGUAAGAACUAUA